GGAAGCCGGGCGCCGUGGUCAUGUGUGAUGGCCGCGGGGGCUGCUGGGAGGUGGCCUAACCGGGGCCCGCGGGGCCGGCGCCCGGCGUGAGCGAUGGGGCCGCGGGUCGCGUAGGGGCCAUGCCGCCCGGGCCCCGGGCCUGCCCCGCUCCGCGCCCCGGCCGCCGUGCCCCGCGUCCGCGCCGGCAUGGUGAACCUGGCGGCCAUGGUGUGGCGCCGGCUCCUGCGGAAGCGCUGGGUGCUCGCCCUGGUGUUCGGGCUGUCGCUCGUCUACUUCCUCACCAGCACCUUCAAGCAGGAGGAGAGGGCAGUGAGAGAUCGGAGCCUCCUCCAGAUUCAAGACCAGGACCAGCCCAUUCCAUGGAAAGUGCAGUUUAACCUGGGCAACAGCAGUCGGCCCAGCAACCAGUGCCGGAACUCCAUUCAAGGGAAGCAGCUCAUCACGGAUGAGCUCGGAUAUGUCUGCGAAAGGAAGGACCUGCUGGUGAACGGCUGCUGUAAUGUCAACGUCGGGAGCUCCAAGCAGUACUGUUGUGAUGGCUGCCUGCCCAACGGCUGCUGCAGUGCCUACGAGCACUGUGUCUCCUGCUGCCUGCAGCCCAACAAGCAACUUCUCCUGGAGCGUUUCCUCAACCGGGCAGCCAUGGCAUUCCAGAACCUCUUCCUGGCAGUCGAAGACCACUUUGAACUAUGCCUGGCCAAAUGCAGGACCUCCUCCCAGAGUGUGCAGCACGAGAAUACCUAUCGGGACCCCAGAGCGAAGUAUUGCUAUGGAGAGCACCCUCCUGAGCUCUUCCCUGCCUGACAUGUGGGAGCAGGAGAUGGGGUAAAGGUGCCGAGAAGAGCCUGAAGCCGAAAGAACCCACCUGAAGCAGACUUCAGAGCCCUCUCCACUGGUCUGUUGGAAGAAGAGAAGGGAAGCUUGGCUCUGACCCCUUCUGUGUUGUCCUGUUUGGCGUCACUCUCCACCUGGACUUCACCAGAUGGAGUGGCUCUGGAAACACCAGCCGAUUGCCUUGGAAAGAUGGGUGGGGGGGGAUGUGGGCACUUUGGGUACCUCUGUGCAGGGACCUGUGGUGACUCUCCCUUCUCAUCGGGGCCUUUUCUGUAAAGUUAUUUCUUGAUUCCCUUGGAGUACUUGGGGAACUACAGUGUUUUAUAUAGGAAAACGUCUUGCCUUGACAGUGAGUAUAUUCAAGGGUAUUGUUGUUUUUCUUGUGUUUGAGUCUCAGUGUGAAAUCAUCCCUUCACCCUGAUAAAGUGUCUGGUCUCCUAGAA